AUGAAGCUGUCGAAUGGUUUACUAUUGCUUUGUGUUUUAUACGCAGCGGAAGCUACCAACAGCUCUGGUGCAGAGAACGCAAACCUGCAAAUUCCUACAGUGGAUGCGAUGCUAACCAAGCUGGAGAAGAUAAACUGGAAAUUGUCGCAGCUUCAAAUCGAUCUGAACGAGCAUCGAGAGGCGAUGGAACGGAACCGGGACUGUGUCACAUCAAAUGCAGCAUCGCUGGAAGAAAGUACCACACCAGCAGCAACAACAACAACAACACCGGAGCCUCCGAUACGUUCAUAUUCAUCGUGCAGGAAUGUGCCAACGAAAGCGUCGGGAGUGUAUCACAUCAGAUUAAACAAUGUUAGUCUUAUAAAUGUUUACUGUGAACAGGAGAAGUUUGGAGGCGGUUGGAUGGUAAUCCAGCAUCGCUUCAACGGUUCAGUUGAUUUUUACCGGAACUGGACCGAAUACCGCGACGGCUUUGGUGAACUGGACGGCGAGUUCUGGCUCGGACUGGAACACGUUCAUCAACUCACGAGAGCUCGAACUUACGAAUUGAUUGUCGAGAUGAAGGAUUUUAAGGGUAACUAUGGGUAUACACGUUACAUUCGGUUCAAAGUGGACAGCGAGAGUCAGCAGUAUGAACUCACCCUUGCAUCGGGAUUGGAUAGUGGGCGUGCUGGCGAUGGAUUGUAUGGGUGCCACACUGGAGUGAAAUUCUCAACAAGGGAUCGCGAUAAUGAUGAGACACCCGAUGAGCAUUACGCUGUUCGUUACACAGGCGCCUGGUGGUACUGUAUGGGUGGCGGUGUUUCGAAUUUGAAUGGACCUUACAAGAACAGUAUCGAUACGUGGAAUUCAACCGUUUGGUAUUAUUUCAAAGCCGACCUUCGCGGGCUAAGCUACACCAGGAUGAUGAUCCGUGAAAUCUAA